GAGAGAGAGAGAGAGAGAGAGAGAGAGAGAGACCACUUAUGUUUAAUUACAUUAUAGUUGAAGUUAGGUAAAGACGUGUACACAUACACACAUAUUUUCUAAACGCUGGAGUAAGAAAAAAAUUCUUGAGUGUUGUGUUCUCUCUAUAAAACGAAACCUCACAAAUCAUAUAUAUAUAUACAUACACCUGACUCUUCUUUCUCUCUCUCUUUCUUUAUAAAACUGAUCGUGUUGGUAGAGUACACAAGAGGCGUUAGAUAGGCGUUCCUCUCCUCGAAUGAGAGAAAAUCGUGAUGGUAGUGUAGUAGUAGUAGUGGUAGUGGUAGUGGUACCUGGCGAACGCUUGGAGAACGGCUACGUCAGUCUACGUUUCGUUGCUGUGGCGUUCGCGGUGAACGUUGGUCGGAGGACCAACCGGAAUCGUUCCUAAAUCCCCCUUUUUUUAUUCUUUCAUCUUUCUUUCUUUCUCUCUCUCUCUCUCUCUCUCUCUCUCUCUCUCUCUCUCUCUCUCUUUCCAUUUCCCCCUCUUCUUUCUAACGAACGUUCAAUUUUCGAAUUAAUCUCGAAUAAUAAAAGCAACAACUCGUCGUUGCUUUUCUUCGUUCGUCGUCCUUAUGUUCGGUCUUGGGAGCAGGAAGGUCCUGAAAUACUCCGCCAUCGACCCUUCGCUUUCCAUCGAUGUCGAGGACACGGUCACGUGCUUCUGCAGAAAAGCCCGACGAAAGGAGAAAGAUGCGGGAACUACAGAGGAUCCUAAACUCUAUUUGGAGGAGGCAACUUUAGAAAGACAGCUGCCCGAGUUAGACUUAAGGAUGCUAGUUGAUCUGCCACCUGGUUUGGAUUAUAACGAGUGGCUAGCAUCGCAUACCCUCGCAUUGUUCGAUCAUAUUAAUCUCGUUUAUGGUACUAUAUCUGAGUUUUGCACUAUGACCGGUUGCCCGGAUAUGACUGGUCCUGGUCUGAGGACAUAUUUAUGGUUUGACGAGAAGGGUAAGAAAACGAGGGUGGCAGCGCCACAGUAUAUAGAUUAUGUUAUGACAUUUACACAACGCACCGUUAGCGAUGAAACUAUAUUUCCUACUAAAUAUGCAAAUGAAUUUCCAAGUUCAUUCGAAUCAAUAGUGCGUAAGAUCCUGCGGCUACUGUACCAUGUGGUGGCACACAUUUACCACUGCCACUUCCGAGAGGUGGCACUCUUGGGGUUGCACGCUCACCUCAAUUGUGUAUUUGCUCACCUCACUCUCCUUAAUCAACGCUUCAAUCUUAUUGAUCCCAAGGAAACGGAAAUCCUAGGAGACUUAGAGGCUGCUCUCUUGGGUGACUCAUCAUCCACGCCUUCGCAAACUUUAGCCAUCCAGGAGACUCCGACCACAACCAGCUAGAUCACAAUGCACAGCAUGCCAGAGGUUGCAGUUCCUGAGAGUAGGUGACGAUAGGCGUUUGUUUGAUUUCUUAAAGAUAGAAUAUACGUGAAAGAAAGUUAACAAGAAAAAAAAUACACUUAUUACACAAACGCAUAUAUACAUACACAGAUAUACGCAGAAAAGAUGGAACGAUUCUGUAAAAACCAAGUAGUACCUGUAAAUAGCGAAGUGUGAGAAUUACAGCUGCAAUGAUGUAAUUAGGUUCCUCCGUUUGUUGUUUGUGAGAUUGUACAUAAUUUAUUAAUAACGAUAAGAUAUAUAUGAGAAGGAAGAAGAGACGAAGAAGAUGAUAAAUUCAUUAAUUAUUAUAUUGAUGAAAAUUAGUUGAUGAGAUAUAAGAGAGAUCAUUUGUUUCAUAAAAAAAUAAAUGAACCAAUAAGAAUAUUGUAAAGUUGAAGAGAGUAAUACCAAAUAUAUACCUGGUGUUAAGGCAA